AUGGGAAAGCCGAAAUUGACGUUGAAGAAGAGGAGGAGAAGUACUGUUCAUAAUAAGAAGGAAGCUAUUCCUAACAGUACUGCUACUAGUCGUGAGACUACAUUUGAUGAGAUGGUACUGUGUGAUAUCCUAAGUAGACUCCCUGUGAAGUCACUUAUGCGGUUCAAGUGCGUAUCGAAACGCUUGUGUUCCUUAAUCAAGGAUCCGUACUUUAUAGAUUUGCACUUUAGCAGAUCAAAACUACUUGGGCGUCUUCUUUUCAUCAUUCCACCGCCUAAAAGACGGUCAAAAAAGAGGAUUGUAGCAGGUAUUAGGUGCAAAGGUUAUCCAGUGUGUUUCAAGCUUGCUGACUUAUUGUCUGAAGAUACAGGCGGAGCAAUAUCAACCAUUCACAGCAUAAGGACCUUGAAAUCGUUUCACUACACUGAUAUAGUUGGAGCAGUUAAUGGUUUGAUUUGUUUUAGUAGCAAACCCGAGGAUUCUGUAUCCGUGUACAAUAUCAGUACGAGAGAGAUAUCGCCAUGGGUUAAACCGACAUCGAGAGAUAAUGAUAUUUCUGGUGGAAUUAAUGAUUUUCCUACUUAUAGAUUUGGGUUUGAACCUGUCACCAAGCAUUACAAAAUCAUAUGCAACUGGAGAUUAUAUAAAGAGGAUGGUAAUUACAAUGUGGAUGACAACAUUUCCAACCAGCUAUCCUUGUGCCGUGUGACUGCCACAACCUCGGCAGAUGAUAUAUAUAUAUAUAUAUAUUGA